AGGCACUGCCGCCGGAGUUCUGGUGGAGCGUGGGAAGGCAGCCGGGUUUCUGUGGCAUCGCAGAGCUCACGGGCUCGGAAGCAGUGGCAAGUGCCCUGGGUCCACAGCCACCACCGAGGCCUGACUCCCUCCGGCCGCUCUCACUCCCAGGACUGGCUUGUUUUGCUCAUCGCACAGGGCGCCCUCUGAAAUGACUGCACUGAUCUGAGUCCUUGUUGGCAUUCUGCCCCCUCCUGCAUGGGGACCUUGUCUGUGUCCCCCUGUGUCCCAGGCUGGCGUGGGAUCCUGGGGCAGAGUCCAGGGCGGCUCAAGGCUCCUCCACACGCGCCCGCUGAACCCGGAGCACCCUGAGCCGCCAGGAUGGGGUGGGCCGGGGCGGCCGCCAUGAUCCUGGGCCUGGCCCUGCUCUGGGCGGCAGUGCUGGGGGAUGCUAGCCCCAGCCCCCCGCGCCUUCGGCUCUCCUUCCAAGAGCUCCAGGCCCGGCAUGGUCUCCGGACCUUCAGGCUAGAGAGGACCUGCUGUUACGAAGCUUUGCUGGUGGAUGAGGAAAGAGGACGCCUGUUUGUGGGCGCCGAGAACCAUGUGGCCUCCCUCAGCCUGGACAAUAUCAGCAAGCGGGCCAAGAAGCUGGCCUGGCCGGCCCCCGUGGAAUGGCGAGAGGAGUGCAACUGGGCGGGGAAGGACAUUGGUACUGAGUGCAUGAACUUCGUGAAGUUGCUGCACGCCUACAACCGCACCCACUUGCUGGCCUGUGGCACAGGGGCCUUCCACCCAACCUGUGCAUUUGUGGAGGUGGGCCACCGGCUGGAGGAGCCCAUACUCCGGCUGGACCUUCGAAGCCUAGAGGACGGCAAGGGCAAGAGUCCUUAUGACCCGAGGCAUCGGGCUGCCUCCGUGCUGGUGGGAGAAGAACUGUACUCAGGGGUGGCUGCAGACCUCAUGGGCCGGGACUUCACCAUCUUCCGCAGCCUGGGCCAGCGUCCAAGUCUCCGGACAGAACCACACGACUCCCGCUGGCUCAACGAGCCCAAGUUUGUCAAGGUCUUUUGGAUCCCAGAGAGCGAGAAUCCCGACGAUGACAAGGUCUACUUCUUCUUCCGGGAGUCGGCAGUGGAGGCUGCACCAGCGCUGGGACGCCUGUCUGUGUCCCGUGUUGGCCAGAUCUGUCGGAAUGACGUGGGCGGCCAGCGCAGCCUGGUCAACAAGUGGACCACGUUCCUGAAGGCGCGUCUGGUGUGCUCUGUGCCAGGUGUCGAGGGUGACACGCACUUCGACCAGCUCCAGGAUGUGUUCCUGCUGUCCUUGAGGGACCGCUGGAGCCCGCUGCUCUAUGCCGCCUUCUCCACAUCCAGCACCGUCUUGCGAGGCUCUGCAGUGUGCGUGUACAGCAUGAACGAUGUGCGCCGUGCCUUCCUGGGGCCCUUUGCACACAAGGAAGGGCCCCUGCACCAGUGGGUGUCCUAUCAGGGCCGUGUCCCCUACCCCCGGCCAGGCAUGUGCCCCAGCAAGACCUUUGGCACCUUCAGUUCUACCAAGGACUUUCCUGAUGACGUCAUUCAGUUUGCCCGGAACCACCCCCUCAUGUACAAUUCGGUCCUGCCCUUGGGUGGGCGCCCUCUCUUCCUACAAGUGGGUGCCGGGUACACCUUCACCCGGAUCACUGCAGACCAUGUGGCAGCUGCUGACGGACACUACGACGUCCUCUUCAUUGGCACAGAUGUUGGCACAGUGCUGAAGGUGAUCUCGGUCCCCAAGGGCAGCCAGCCUAACGGGGAGGGGCUGCUCUUGGAGGAGCUGCACGUGUUUGAGGACUCAGCUGCUAUCACCAGCAUGCAAAUCUCUUCCAAGAGACACCAGCUGUACGUAGCCUCACGGAGCGCGGUGGCCCAGAUCCCCUUGCACCGCUGUGCUGCCCACGGCCGCGCCUGCGCCGAAUGCUGCCUGGCACGUGACCCUUACUGCGCCUGGGACGGGGCCGCGUGCACGCGCUUCCAGCCCAGCGCUAAAAGGCGGUUUCGGCGGCAAGACGUGAAGAACGGCGACCCUAGUACGCUGUGCUCAGGGGACUCGUCCCGUCCCACACUGCUGGAGCGGAAGGUGUUCGGUGUGGAAGGCGGCAGCGCCUUCCUGGAGUGUGAGCCCCGCUCGCUGCAGGCACGAGUGGAAUGGACCUUCCAGCGCGCAGGGGAGGCGGCCCGCACCCAG